CGUACGCGCAUGCGUGGUAUAGCCCCGUCGUUUCAAUGCUGCGGCGGGAAAGCCUGCCUUGACAUCACCUCGAACGACAACAACAACACUCGGUCAUAAAAUCAGCGUCCAUAUUAAGUGAUGAAGCCAGUACGAGGUUCCUCCAGACCAUCGAACAUGAAGAUCAGAAAGAAACCUGGAGAAAAAUCUUCAGCACCUCAGGAGCCCCGUAAAGAGACGGUUCGCCAGAAGCCGUCCCAGAAGAAGAAAGGAGGAUCUUCGUCCAAUAAAAGCAAGAGCAAUGGUCAGGAGAAGUGGGUGCCACUGACCCGGUCGUCCAUCAUAGGGCUGAAGACCAUUGUGGACCAGUCCAUUUUAAAGACUCUUGGCCUGAAUCGGCGGGAGAAGGAGGAAACGUAUAAACAUCUUAACAUCCUAAAAACAAGGUUGGUGGGUGCGUGCGCUGAGCUGAGGGUGCCUCCGUUGACCCGGGGGGACUUUGAGACAGAGAGGAUUGCCAGUCAGCUGCAGGAGGAGGGCAGGAGAUCUCUCAACGGGAAGAAGACCCUGAGCAGGCUGGAGUCUGACCUAGAUAACCUGCUGGUUGCUCUAGAGGAGAUAGAGGAGGAGAAGAAACCCCUGGAGAUGAGCUGUAGCUCCCUGAAGGGUCAGCUGGAGGAGGAUAAGGCUGUAGAGAUGUUGCAAAUGGCUGAGCGAUGUGUGCUCCGUAUUCGCGCUCCACCAACACACAAAUACACAUCGACACUACAGGCCCAACUCAGCAGCACGGUGCCUAGGGGAGAGGGCGAAGGGAUGGCCAGACGUCUGGGAGACAUCCUGCUGACCUCUGCACCCCUGCAGGACGCCCGCCUUUUGCUGGCCAACGCUGGACAAUUCACAGACGGGCUGCUCUCUACUGGACCUUCUGGAUCUGACUCAGUAGACCUACCGCAGACCUGACCCAGUAGACCUUCCAGCGAGCUGGAGGGCUUACCAGAGGGCUUACCAAGAAGCUCCACCCAUAGCCGUCCGAGUAAGCCUUCCAGCCAGCUGACCGUGUAGGCCUACCAGCCAUCUGAUCUAGUAGAUCUACCGAGGACCACACGUACAACGACCAGAGAGCUGUCCUCGUAGACCUACCAGCCAUCUGACCUGGUAGGCCUACAAGAGAUCGGUCAGAGGUAACCCAGUCCUCGUUCCCGAGAGAGCUCCACCAGGAAGUAGCAUUUCAACAGUUACCUUGGAUCUAUGAUCGUCCCCGGUUUUGUUCAGGCUGCAGUCCUGUUGACAGGAAGAGAUUACGCUUUUAGUGUUUGUGAAGCUUUAUCUUGGGCAUGUCAAUUGCUAAGGUACAUAAUGCUAUGUUGCUUAGGUUUUAUUUCAUGAUUUAUGUGUCCAGGCCAAAGCUAAAUGUGUUUUUUUCCAAAGUGAUGCGUUCAAAUAUAUUAAUAAUAAAUAAUUGAUUGUG